AUGGAGGCCACGGGGCCGGAGGGCCUGGACAGCCGAGGCUCCCCCUUGCCAGGCGCAACGGGCGCCGGCCUCUCUUGGGACAACGGCACCAGACACAGCGUCGCGUUCCCUGAGCCGCUGCCGGCUCUCCACGAGCUCCUGUCAGUGGUGUACUCUGUCAUCUGCACCGUGGGGCUAACGGGCAACGCGGCCGUCAUCUGUGUGAUCCCGAGAGCGCCCAAGACGAAGACGGUGACCCACGCGUUCAUCCCGAACCUGGCCACCGCCGACGGACUCUUCUCACUGGUGCUGCCCACCAACAUCGCCGAGCACGUGCUGCAGCGCUGGCCCCUUGGGGAGCUGCUCUGCAAGCUGGUGCUGGCCAUCGACCACUGCAACAUCUUCUCCAGCGUCUGCUUCCUGGCCGCCACGAGCACGGACCGCUACCUGGUGGUGCUGGCCACGGCGCGGUCCCGCCGCAUGCCCCGGCACGCUGGCCGCGGGGCUAAGAUCGCCAGCCUGUGCAUCUGGCUGGCUGUCACUGUCGCAACGCUGCCCUUCUUCACCUUCGCCGGAGUCUACAGCAAUGAGCUGCAGGUCACAAGCUGCGGGCUGAGCUUCCCACGGCCUGAGCGGGCCUGGUUCCAGGCGAGCCGCAUCUACACGCUGGUGCUGGGCUUCGCGGUGCCCACGUGCACCCUCUGUGCUCUCUACGCGGACCUGCUGCGGAGGCUGCAGGCCCUGCGGCUCCACUCCGGAGCCAAGGCUCUGGGCAAGGCCAACCGGAAGGUGAGUCUCCAGGUCCUGGCUGUGCUGGCCGUGGGCCUGCUCUGCUGGACGCCCUUCCACCUGGCUGUCGUGGCCCUGACCACAGACCUGCCCCAGACGCCACUGGUCAUCAUCAUCUCCUAUGUCGUCACCAGCCUCAGCUACACCAGCUCCUGCCUCAACCCCUUCCUCUAGGCCUUCCUGGACCACAGCUUCUGGAAGAGCCUCCGCCCCACGUUCCGGUGCCCAGGGGCAUGA